UUUCUGCACAAAUUACGCCAGGAACGAGAAUAUGAGCGAGAGUGUGUGCAGGCAGGAAAGCAGGAGGUAUACGUGUCGUUGUAACAGUUCGGGCAAAUGUUUUUAAAUCUGUAGCUGAAAUGUUAAUAAAUAUUUUCUUGGUCAGAAUAGCUCGGUAUACAGAUGUUACCAUCUGGAGAGAAAGAAACAGUUAAUCUGCUAACGUCGUAUAGUCUGACGGCAUCAUUGUGGUUGUUUUAUUAGAAUAUUUCCAUGUAUUGAGUCUAAUAAUCUGCGGCCAAACCAUGAGCAAUAUGAAGGAUAAACCGACUAUCCGCCAGCAGAGCUCGGAGAAUAACUCUGUCAGCAGUAGUGAAUGGGAUAUGGCAAAUGAUGUGUUUGUGUCCGGAUACGACGACAAUCCGAUGGGAGAUAGUGGUGCUGCUGGGGACAGGGACCCAGCGCAGCCCGGCUUGGAUAGACAUCUGCCGCUGUUACGGGGUGACUCGUUAUCCCAGGAUGGCAUGAUGCUCGGCCUCGUUGGUGAAGAAUAUUCGGGCUCAUCGUAUCUGUCCAUCGACCCAGACUACACCGAAAGUGACGGGAAUGUCACAACCAAGAAGCGCAUACGGUCCAAUAGCUCCAGGCACCGUGGUGAGGUCGUCACGGAGCUGGGACCAGAGGAGGUCAGGUGGUUUUACAAAGAGGACAAACGAACGUGGAAGCCAUUUGUUGGACACGACUCUUUAAAAAUCGAGAUCGUCUAUCGGAGAUUCUGUGAGCAGAAUCCUGACAAGGUCAAACGCCCGGUCGAUCCCACUGAGGCCGAUGGGAAGGAAGCAGCCACGUCCGGCGAAAUCCCGCCGGAUAGCGGAGCGCUGGACGGUGGAAGUGUCGGGCCUGACUCGGCAGAGCAGAGGGGCGGAGGGCAGCGGCUCUCUGUGUCAGAGGAGAUGAAGGACCCGGACGACAUCAGCAUCAGCGUGGAAGCAGUGUGUGUUAGAGGGGGACUGUAUGAAGUGGAUAUCAGGGAGAAGGAGUGCUACCCUGUUUACUGGAACCAGCAAGACCGUAUUCCUGUGAUGAGGGGUCAGUGGUUCAUUGAUGGAACGUGGCUUCCUCUGGAGGAGGACGAGAGUGACCUCAUCGAGAGUGAGCACCUCGCCCGUUUCUGGGGACAACAGAUGAGGGACACCUAUGAGAUGGAGAUGGUGACCACCACAGUGGACAGCAAGGAUGCUAUUCAUAGUCUGAAGCUGAGCAGGAGUCAUGUGGACUGGCACAGUGUGGACGAGGUGUACCUGUACAGCGAUGCCACCACCUCCAAGAUUGCACGCACCGUCACUCAGAAACUGGGCUUCUCUAAAGCUUCCAGCAGUGGGACACGUCUCCAUCGGGGAUAUGUGGAGGAGGCAGCACCUGAAGACACCCCACCUGAAACCACACACAUUGUCUUUGUGGUGCAUGGCAUUGGCCAGAAGAUGGAUCAGGGCCGUAUCAUUAGGAACACAAGCAUGAUGAGAGAUGCUGCCAGAAAGAUGGAGGAGAAACACUUCUCUGAUCGCACCACAGAGCAUGUGGAGUUUCUUCCUGUGGAGUGGAGGUCAAAACUGGCUCUAGAUGGAGACACAGUGGAUUCCAUCACCCCAGACAAAGUGCGAGGUCUCAGAGACAUGCUUAACAGCAGCGCCAUGGACAUCAUGUACUACACCAGCCCUCUGUACAGAGACGAGAUUACCAGGGGUUUGACUCUGGAGCUGAAUCGUCUGUACUCACUCUUCUGCUCGCGGAAUCCAGACUUUGAGAAAAAUGGGAAAGUGUCCAUAGUGUCGCACUCGCUGGGCUGUGUCAUCACUUUCGACAUCAUGACAGGUUGGGACCCUGUUCGCUUUCAUCAUCAAGAAGCACCAGACCCAGAGGAGACAAAGGUCCGCUGGCCGAGUGACGAGGAACGCCACCUUCAGGAGCAGCUGAGGCUCACACACCUCAGGUUGAGGGAUUUGGAGGAUCAGUUCCAGGGUCUGCAGACCUCGUCCUGUGUCGCGGUGCCAGCCUUGAAAUUCAAGGUAGAAAAUUUCUUCUGCAUGGGCUCCCCUCUGGCUGUUUUCUUGGCAUUGCGAGGGAUCCGGCCUGGAAACAACGGUGUGCAGGAUCACAUCCUCCCCACAACUAUCUGCAAACGCCUCUUCAACAUAUUCCAUCCCACAGACCCUGUGGCGUACAGAUUGGAGCCUCUUAUCUUAAAGCACUACAGUAACAUUACACCUGUUCAAAUCCACUGGUAUAACACCACCAGUCCAACACCGUACGAUCAGAUCCGGCCCACACUGCUCAACCUACCAAAGGAGACCACAUCUGUCUCAGACUCAGACAGCAUCCCCAGCCCCUGCACCUCCCCGCCCCAGGCCCGACGGCAUUACGGAGAGUCCAUCACCAGCCUGGGCAAGGCCAGCAUCAUGGGUGCUGCAAGUCUUGGAAAGGGAAUUGGAGGAAUCCUGUUUUCCCGCUUUUCCCGUUCCAGUGGCCAGGUGGGCGGAGUGGAGGAGGAGCCGUCAGAUUCUGAGGGUGGAGUCUCUGAAGUGGAAAACAUGGCCUCAGGAGAGGAAGGGGUUACAGUGGCAGAGAGUGAAGAGAAGGACAAAAUUGAGGAAGAGAGGAGGGAGGUAGAGCCUGCCAUGUCCCAGUCCACCUCAGCUGUCAUGGACAGCACCUCGUUGGAACUGGAGAGACGCAUUGACUAUGAGCUGCGGGAGGGCUUGGUGGAAAACCGCUAUUGGUCAGCAGUGACCUCACACACGGCCUAUUGGUGCUCUUAUGAUGUGGCUCUGUUCCUCCUCACCUUCAUGUACAGACCACAAGAGCUGUCUGAACCUGCAGAAGACAACCCAGACACCUCAUAAAUACAAACUGACACAUGGAGCCAUCAUGGCUAGGUCACUUCACUCUCUAUUCACAUUUUUGAAAAAAAAUAAAUUGAAAGCCCAAUUUAUGAAACAACAUAAAAUUGACUUAAUUUUUCAUUUUCUAAUUUCUUAAUUCAG